UCGUUUUUGACACCGCAAUGGAUGGUGAGAUACGUUUUUAUGCGGAUGCAGAUUUGAACCCCACUGAGGCCCCACUGAGGCCCCACUUCAGCCUACUAAUAUAGUACCUUUGGGCCGCAUUAGGGCCUUAGUUGGUGUGGCACUUGCAAUGCUCUGGAACUAGAUUUUUUAAUAUUGUCGGUACUUGCGUUAGAUUUGCAUAUUUUUGUGUUAUACAACGAAGAUCUAAAACUUAUAAUUAAGAUCAGUUGAUAAAGGUUGAUCUAAGCAUAUGCUGAGAUAGCCUCAACUAUGGAAUCAUUUUCAGGAACCAGGGUCGGCUUUUGGAUACAUGUGAAUGCUGCAGUGCUGGGGGAUACAAUUAGAAAAUUGAGAUAAAAUAUAUGCUUAGAGAGAUUCUGAUAAGCAGAGGAAGCAUCAAUUUUUGCAGCUGGAUGACAAAGAGAUUUGUAGUAGCAAUUGAUCAUGACCCCAAAGGCCCAAACCAUCAAUCAUAGCAAUAGUAAAAUAGACCGUUACACUCGUGAUUUAGACUACAAGAUUCGAAUUUAAGGCUGCUUUAUAACUUGUGUCAAGGCUUAGAACUUGUAUAUAACAUAUUAUAAUUUGUACUUAAAGUGGUCCUUUAUUUAACCGUGGAUGAUUAAUCGUAUUCUGCCACGUGUAUUCAGUUCCCAAGCUGCCAAACCCGUGCAACACGAGUUAGAUUGAUCCACGCCAAGGCAGUGCCGUGGGAGAAGACGAAAGUCACAAACAGAGCUCAAAGACAACUCACCACACGACCCUUCGACACUCUCUUCUCCACGACCAAAUGGCUAUGGCAACUCCACUCUACUCCGCCUGCCCAAUUCCCAGCAAAACCACCUCGACCCAACAUUUUCUCUCUCCUUUUCCUUCAAUCUCUACCCAUGCCUGCACCACAAGAUACACUGCUCCUCUAUCUCUCCGAUUCACAGCAAGAACACCGCCUGCGGUGGUGAUGUCGGCCGCAACCGUCGAAGCCGAGAAUCUGGAGGCCGUCGCAGCCACUCCGUCAAAGUCUUUGCCCUUCCGGGUAGGCCACGGCUUCGAUCUUCACAGAUUGGAACCAGGUUACCCACUCAUCAUCGGUGGAGUCAAUAUACCACACGAAAGAGGUUGCGAAGCUCAUUCCGAUGGGGACGUGUUGCUUCACUGUGUUGUUGAUGCAAUUUUGGGGGCUUUGGGGCUUCCGGAUAUUGGACAGAUAUUUCCGGACUCCGACCCUAAAUGGAAAGGGGCUGCAUCUUCUAUUUUCAUGAAAGAAACUGUCCGGCUGAUGCAUGGGGCAGGUUAUGAGGUGGGAAACUUAGAUGCCACAUUAAUUCUUGAAAGACCAAAGCUGAGCCCGCACAAGGAGGCUAUCCGUGCCAACUUGUCUCAGCUGCUUGAUGCGGACCCUUCUGUUGUAAACCUGAAAGCAAAAACUCACGAGAAGGUGGACAGCCUUGGGGAGAACAGGAGUAUUGCGGCUCACACAGUCGUUCUUCUUAUGAGGAAGUAGAAGAUGGCCUUUUCGAAUUGGAAUAUAAGAAUGUAUCCAUAAGCAUUGUUGUACACUGCUUACAGGGAUCCGAUUGCUUAGUCCUUGUAGUUAAUAAUCUGAAAGAUGCAUUUGGAAAUGUAUGGAAUAUUAAUCCACUUUUUACUGGGUGGUUGAAAUGUAUAAUUUGUGGAGCUGGAAUUACCCACGUCUCUCUCUCUCUCUCUCUCUCUCUCUGUGUACACACACACACACACGUGUGCGGCCACUUGGUGUGCAUGCCUGUGUGCCUCUGUGAUCGUAACAUGCACUGAUUUUUUUGGAUAUGUGUCGCAAGAUCUAUCAUUCUUCACCCAGGAAGAUGUAAGUGAGGCAUUAUGCAUCUUGUGUAUGAACACUAUGGAGUUAUAUAUGUGGUUGAGU